AUGGGUUGGUGCCCAGCACCGCCCAUAAAUCGUGGGGCCAACCGAAUUUAUGCUGUCUUUUUUUUUUGCGUUGGUGCAUUGUUUCCCUCGCUUUUUUCUUUUUGUGCAUGGCGUCGUUCUGGCUGGUGUGCCGCCGCAGUGGGUGCAGCCGAAUUCGUCCCUGAGGGCCUCGAGCAAACGAUGUUUUUGGCGCUUCUGUCUCUUGAUGAGUUGCCAUCCUGGGCGUAUGUGCGCCUGCUCCGUGCGUUGCUUGGGCAGCACGCACCGGGCGAGCAGCCUGGAGCUGUGGGCACGUUGGCGCCGCCCUCCUCCUCCUCCUCCUCUUUUGCCGACUGA